AUGGCCAAAUCCAAAUCAUCCAAAUCAUCCGCACCAGCUCAAGCCGCACCUCCACCCCCACCAUCAUGGCCUGUCUUUAAACCACCCUUGCCUGUCGUCGAGCUGUAUCCAGAGCUUCAUCCGGCCACUUCCAAUAUCGUUCUUCUCUCUUCAUUUUUCCCUCGCUCUCUCUGCCGCGAUUACGUCGCAUUUUUGAAAACCUUGCCUCUGCAGACGACCCCUUCACGGCCCAAGAAGGGAGAGGCAGUCCGCGUCAAUGACAGAUUCCAGAUCGAUGAUCCGGCAUUUGCACUCCGAUUAUGGGAGACCACUGGACUAAAGGAAAUAAUAUUGGAGAAUGAAACUAUAAAAGACCUGUGGGGCGGCGAGCCCGUAGGUCUCAACCCAAACAUUCGCAUCUACCGCUACUCCAAGGGCCAAUACUUUGACUGCCAUUACGACGACUCCAACAAUCUGAUUCUUGACUCUGUCCCCGUCAAAACCACUUGGACGCUCCUUCUAUACCUCACUUCCUCUGCCGAGGGUUGUAUUGGUGGCGAGACGGUAUUUUAUCCUCAUGAUCGCAAGUCUACUGCAGAAGAAAUCGCAGUAUCGCUUGAGACGGGCAUGCUGCUAUUGCACAAGCACGGUGAUGAUUGUCUGCUGCACGAGGGCCGGGAAGUUCAAGAUGGAGAAAAAUGGGUUUUGAGAACCGAUUUAUGUGUGCGUCGGGGAUGA